AUGAAGAGGAGUAGAGACGAAGAAGCUAAUCAGAACAUGAAAAGCAUGGCGAUUUCCUUAAUGCUACUCUCUAAUGGAGGCGGCGGUGCAUUUGAUUCAACCGUUGACAGCUCUGCUGCUCGUGUUUUCGAGUGCAAGACAUGUAACAGGCAGUUUCCAUCUUUCCAGGCGCUGGGUGGCCACCGGGCCAGCCACAAGAAGCCGAGAUUGAUGGGAGAACAACAUUCCGGCGAUUUACGGUCAUCUCCGGCGAAGCCCAAAACGCAUGAGUGCCCUGUUUGUGGGAUGGAAUUCGCCAUUGGACAGGCUCUUGGAGGGCACAUGAGGCGACACAGAACGGCGGCGGCCGUCAAUGAAAACAACCAACAGCCGCCGCUGCCGACUUUGUCAUUGUCUCCACCGCAUCCUCAUCCUAUUGUGAAGAGAUCAAAUAGCAGGAGAGUUUUGUGUUUGGAUUUGAAUUUGACUCCGUCGGAGAAUAAAUUUCUUUUGUUUGGCAAAAUGGUUCCUGCUGUUCAUUGUCUUUUCUGA